AAAUUGGAGAAAAUUCUUCCACCGGGGUUCUUUGAUGUGAUGGAACAUCUUCCAAUUCACCUUGCAUACGAAGCCCGGCUCGGAGGCCCAGUUCAAUAUAGGUGGAUGUAUCCCUUCGAGAGGUCUAUUGGUAAGUUAAAAAGGGCUAUGAAGCAAAAAUCGAAAGUGGAAGGCUCAAUGUUGAAGUUUAUCUUGCCAAGGAAACAUCCCAUUUACUCGUUCUUACUACUUUCAGAACGAUGUGGCUUGUUUGAGAAACAGGCCUAAUCGACACUAUGAUGGAGGUGUGAAUAACUCUUUGUUGAAGCCCAUAUCGAUCUUCAAUCGACCAGGUGAUGGGUCCAAAAAACGUGAGAGACCAUUGAAUCAAAUGGAGUAUAAAUCAGCUUCGACACAUAUCUUGUUAAAUUGCCCAGAAGUUCAACCUUAUUAUGAUCUCUUUGUGGAGAUAUAUGGCCAAGAAACAGUGUCCGACCAAUUUGGGACUUGGUUUAACAAUUAUAUGGCAGGUGAUAAAAAGGGUAAGGCUAUUGCGAAAGCCCCAAAAAAGUCAAAAAAGAAGGGUUUGUAUAUACCACCAGAAGGCAUAGAGCCAGGUCCCCUUCGGAUUGGAGCUAGAGAUUCUGCACCUUGCCUUCCACCACUUGGCCCUCCGAUGUCAGGUGUUGCAGAUGGGUUGUCAUGGAGUCAGCCGACUGGCCAUGUCGCAGUGCCACCAUAUUUUUGGCCUCAGGGCCAGACAGAGCCACAUGCACGACGAUCUCAGUCCCCCAUCACACCUUUGACGAUCCCACAUGGCCUCCCUGAGUUUUAUCAUGUGUCACAGCGAGCGGCUAGGAGUGGUACUCCGACAGUUACUCCUAGCCCGACUGUGUCACAACCAUCGACAUCAACUACUCCACAUGUUGGGACGUCGGAGCGUGAAGAAAGUAGCUCUGAUUCUGACGAAGAACGUCCCAAAAAAGGAGACCCUCCACAGGUUUUGAAUUUUGAUAUGAAUGGUCGUCUCAUAAUUGAGCCAGUUGGAUACACCUUCUAUCCAGGCAAAGCAACAAAAAGAAUUUCAAAGACGAUCAAAGGACUCUAUAGAGGCGCUGUUCCGUCUUGGGCAAGGUGCUAG